AUGGCUCAUAUUGGAUAUCUGUGGCCGCCUGUUCGUGGACGGGACGCAGCACGGCGCAACAUAGCUCCAUGUGGAUCAGAUGCCAGUGUUUUGAACAGGACCAACUUUCCUUUAUCCCAUGGUGUACUAGCACUUUUGAUCCAGGGAAAUUCUUCAAAUACCCAAGUGAGUAUUUCAUACAAAGAGAAUCCAACCUCCAACGAUGACUUUACCAUGCUCAUAGAGCUAGGUCAAAUCAAAGACGUUGACCAAGGCUAUAGAUGCUAUCCUAUUCCAGACCCGCCAAGAGAGAUCAAGGACGGCACAGUUGCAAGCUUACAAGCCAAAUACCAGACUCAAUCUGGCCGUGAUGAAACAAAAACAUUUUAUGCAUGUGCCGAUAUCAGAUACAUUUCCACCAGCAAGUUUGAUACUCAGGCCCCCUGCUUUAAUGUGACCGUGGGCGAUUUUAUCACUCCCAACCGUAGCUCGACUGCACAGCCUGGAUCCCAUCCUACAGUCAAGUCUGAUAUAGCUGGGGGCUCUGGAACAGGGCUAACCCGAGGGGAAGUUGCCGGUAUUGCCAUCGGAGUGCUGGUGGGUGUUAUUUUGAUUGUCCUCUCAUAUAUUGGAUACCUGAGAUAUCAGCAAAGGAGAGGCAAUCAGCCCCAUAAGUUACCUGUAAGGAAUACUAACUGGGAUGGUGUUGGAAACAUUGUUUCUGCCAACUAA